UGGCAGGAUCGCAAAAAGGUAAACGGUCUAGCAGCAAAAUAUUUUCCUACGACCAUCGAAUAUGGUGUUAUACUAAUACCAUCAGCAUUUAGAGCUUUAAAUUCAGUAAACGACACAAAUAUUCAUCACUAUGAAUUAAUAAUCACACC